GUGGUCAUUGAGGAGCUCUCCCCAAACGGGAAGUCUGCCUUCGACCACUCCAAGGACAAGGCAAAAGACUUGUCUUACUAUUACGCUCAUCAGCCGGAAGCAGAGAAGGGCUUCCCUGCCGAAGCAGUAGUCCGGCAGGACGAUCCGCUUUCGCGCGCAGAUGGACUGGGCCCAAAGGCCCUAGAUGAGCGGAAACCGGUGGAGUUUGACAACGUCAGGUGGGUGAACACCAUGUCUUACUCGGAUGACGGCAAGGUCGUCAAGGUUUACAUUGAUUUCCCAGAGGAGAUCAAGGGGGCUGACAUCACUUGCGACUGGGAGCGCUUUGGCGUUGAGCUGAUCGCGCGUUUGCCCAACGGCAGAUUAUAUGGUGUCCGCGUGAAGGAUGCAGAGGGCUGGGUCCUGGAGCACGAGCGGAAGAACGGCUGGGCGCAUGAGAUUGAGCCGGAGAAGUGCAAGUAUCGUGUGUCUUCGAGCGCCCCUCGCGUCACACUCACCUUGGCAAAGAAGGACGAAAAAGAGAAGUGGUACGAGCUCCGGAAGAAAGACAUCAGGUCUACCUUCUGA